AUGUCCACUCAGGCACCAAAAGGUUGGAGGAAGCCAUUUUCAUCCGAUAGCAGCUUCUUCGUCAAACUUCCCAAAAAAUACUACCAUGAAGAAAACGACAGGCCCUACUUCAGCUGGGACGGCGAUGGCCUUCGCAUCCUCUCCGGCAAAAUAACCUACGCUGAAGCGGAAGUCCAAUCCUUCAUGAAGCUCACCGCGCAUGACGACCUCCCACAUGGGCGAAUCGUCGCAAGUUACGUCUAUCUCAAAGCCCUCCAAAUCUUUGUAGAUUUCUACGGAUUCAUCAUUGGCUGGGACGAAAUCAACAGGUUCCGCACUCGGUAUGAACAACGAGUAGACAUCAUUGUCCUGCAACGCCUAAAGGACCGAGCGCUGAAGGUUUCGGACACGUUCGAGGAAUGCGUGCUACAUAUUGCAGAUCUCAUCAAUAUUCAGGCUCGGAUGGCUCGACCAGUGUAUUCGAACUACUGCCUCCUUGGGAUCAUAGCUGGGGUAAAGAAUAUGGAGAGCGCUUUACAUACGCACCGCUGUCUCCGGUUCUGUGUACGCCAAGCCAUUCGAAUGUUUCGGGUGGUGGGGAGGGAAGGGGGAGUCACCGGGAGGACUGACAGUAAGGGUAUAAUUGAAAUGGUUUACGAGGGGAAGGAAGAUGCUAUGGAGGAGAUGGGAGACGAGGUCAAGCCAGUGAAACGUACCAAGAAGGUGAAGGGUGGAACAAAAUCGAAAAGCAAGGGGCCGGAGAAAAUCAAGGCGAAGGAGCGUCUCGAGGAAUAUAGGAAGAUGGUCUUGAAAGGUGGAAGCGGUGGAAACGAGUAA